CUAUUCUGUAGUAAGCUUGAGGAAGGAGGAGAAGACUUCCAUAAAGUCCAACACAUCCCUUCCCUUAUAAUCCAGCAUCCGAUUGAUUAAAAGAGUGACCAUGCCUGUACCAGCACGUAGGCCCACAAUGUACAGAUUGGCGACAUGGCUGGAGCUGAUGAUGAGUGGGUACCUCGAUUGGAGAAUGGGGGCGAAGAAAUCCCAAAUUACGUUCAUCCAGAUUACUUCACCAUGAAGGUUUAUCAUGGUGGAUAUAUGGAUCACAUAAACAACAAGUAUGUAGGUGGGAAGAUCAGUUAUUACGAUAAUGUCGACAAGGAUAAAAUGAGUCUGGUGGAGGUGGAUUCCAUGGUAAGGGGUAUAGAUCCUUCAUAUGUUGGGAAAAGGAUAGACUACUGGUUCUCCAUAGGAAGUGAAGAUGAUGCAACCACAAAGGUGAACAACGACCAGGAUGUAAUCACAAUGUGCUGUUGUGUGCCAGAUAUAAGGCUGGUAAUACUGUACCUUGACCACAGAGAUCUAUGGGAUGAUGUACUUGAUGAUGUAGAGGAUGAUUUUGAUGACUUUUUUGUGUUUGAGCAACAACAAUGGGGGUUUAGUCAAGCUGGCAGUAGUGGGGUAGUUAUAGAGGAGCUGCCUGAGUCUCCAAGGAAGCCAAAGUCCUCUGUUAAGAUAGAUGAGCUGCUUGAGUCACCUAACAGGCAGCCUGAGGUGGCAAAGCAGGUGAAGGGAAGGAGAUAUAAAGUGUGUGCACAAAGGAAAAAGUUAAGUUCUCUGAAGAUAAGUGAGCCUCAAGAAGAGAUCCCAACUCAGGCUAGCAAAGCUCCCACCAGUGACCCCACUGACAAGGGAAAAAAGAAAGUUGAGUUUGAGGAAGGACUAUUUGAAGAGGACAGUGAUGAUGAUGGUCAAGAUGAUAGCCUGCAUGAUGAUGAUCAUGAUGGAUUGCUUCAUGAGGAAGAAGAGACUGGUCAGGGCAAUUCAUCUGGAGAUGAUGAAUCUGCUGAUGAUGAUUAUAAUCCUGCUGCAGAUGAUGAGGAAUAUGCAGCAUACGGUGUUGAUGAUGAUUUCCUAUUUGAGUGGUUAACAGAAGAGGAGGAUGGUCAAACAGUUGGAGGAGAGGGAUGUUCUAAAGCUGAUGAAGGAGUGAGUGGGAAUAAUGAUAUGGAAGGGGAUGAGGAUGAAGACACAGAGGGUAUGUUUGGGGCUGUGGAUUCUGAUGAGGAAGGGAUAGGGCAUGAGGCUGAUUCUGAAGAUGAUGGUGUGGGUGGCAGAUUUCCAGAGUUCAACCCCAAUGUAGAUAUGAAGAACCCUUGGUUUUGUAAGGGAAUGAAGUUUGCAACUGCAAAGAUACUGAGGGCUGCUAUAAGGGAAAGGGCAAUUCAGAAGGGCUGGGAAGCUGUUUUUCUGAAGAAUGAUCGAGGGAGGAUUAGGGCCAUUUGCAAGGCUGAGAACUGUCCAUUUGAUUUGUAUGCCUCAAAGAUGCAGCAUGAGGAUACACUUAUGAUUAAGAACUAUAAUGGACAACAUACGUGUGCAAGAGUCAUUGAAAAUAGCACGGUCAGGACCCCCUAUCUGACAGAGAAAUUUGCAAACCAAAUCAAGCUUCAUCCUGAUAUUUCUACAGAAUCACUUGCCCAGACAAUGGCUGCUAGUGUUAGAGCCAAAGUGUCUUUUCAGCAAGCAUAUAGGACAAAGAAGGCUGCACUUAAGCUUAUUGAGAGGUCUAUCAAGGAGCAGUAUGCAAGAGUGCAAGAUUAUGCACAAGAGCUGAAAAGGGUGGAUCCAAACACAACAGUUGACAUCAAAUGUGAUUUCAACAACCCUGAUCAACAGCCUGUUUUUAAAAGGAUGUAUAUAUGCCUAGGAGCAUUGAAGAUGGGAUUCAGGGCAGGUUGCAGACCUAUACUGGGACUAGAUGGCUGCCAUCUGAAGAGUGCAUAUGGUGGCCAAUUGUUGGCAGCAGUUGGGCUGGAUCCAAACAACACUACCUAUGUGGUAGCUUAUGCAAUGGUAGAGAUGGAGAGUAAAGACUCUUGGGAUUGGUUUUUGAGACUGCUCGCAAAAGACCUUAACAUCACAGGUGAAGGAAAUGGCUUCACCUUCAUAUCUGACAAGCAGAAAGGUCUUCUUCCUGCAUGUGAAGCUGUUCUCCCCCUAGCAGAUCAUAGAUAUUGUGUUAGGCAUCUCUGGACAAACUUCAACAAGCUUUAUCCUGGAAAAGUGAUGAAAGACCAACUUUGGGCUAUUGCAAAGUCAUCAACUAUGGCAUACUACACUAAGGAGAUGGUGCUAAUGAAGCAGCUGGACCCCAAAGCAUAUGAUUGGUUAACUGAUCCUCAAAGAAACCCUAGGCACUGGUGCAGAUCUCACUUUCAAACUUUUUUGAAAUGUGAUGUGCUCUUGAACAACCUCUGUGAAAGCUUCAAUGCUUUCGUCUUACCUGCUAGGUCAAAGCCAGUUAUUUCAUGUUUUGAGGAUAUAAGGGUGAAAAUGAUGAAGAGGGUUGCAAUGAGGAAGGAGAAGAUGAGCAAAGUUGUCGACCCCAUCUGCCCCAAGCCUAGGCAAAUCCUAGAGAAGAACAAGGAAAGGUCUGCAUCUGAUUGCAUCCCUUAUGGUUCUGGCAGUCCCCAGAUUGAGGUAGAGAGCUGUGGAGGAAGCAGAUAUGUGGUUGACCUGACAAGAAGGACUUGUGCUUGUAGGAGGUGGGAUUUAACAGGUAUCCCUUGCAAGCAUGCCAUCUCAGCUAUACAUUUCAUGAGGCAGAACCCUGACGACUAUGUGGAUGCAUGCUACUUGACAAAGACCUAUAUGGAUAUCUACUCUAACACAGUAAAGCCUGUGAAUGGGAUGGACCUGUGGAUCCCUUGUGAUGAACCUACCAUCCUCCCACCACAGUAUAAUAGACAGCCUGGUAGGCCUAGAACCAAAAGAAUCAAAGAUGUAUCAGAGAGGGAAACUGAAGGCCCCAAGGUGGGAAGGGUUCAAAAGUCCUUGAAGUGUUCUAAUUGUCACCAGUUGGGUCAUAAUGUGAAGACAUGCCAUAGGCAUCUUCCACCAAAAGAAAAGGCAGCUAAGAAGAGAAAGCUUAACACAGGGGAGGGAUCAUCUACUGCAACUCAGGCUAAGGGUACCAGAAAGGCCCCAAAGACAAAGAAUGACCUUAGGGCAAAGGCAAGGUUAAGAGCUGUAGAGGCUAAGAAAAAGAGGGAUGAAAAGAAGGCAGCAUCAAAGGCAUCAAUAGCUACAGCAACUUCAACCAAGGGUAGACCACCAAAACCUCCGUCAAGCAAGGGUAAAGUUGCAUCCUCACAAGCUUCAUCCAGGCCAUCUGUGAGGAUACGAGACAAUUCGAAGAAAGCUGGCAAAUAGAAAAAUGGGACUAGAUGGGGUUAGCAAUGAAGGUUAGGAUCACAGAUGCGUAUGUUGCAAUUUUUUGUGCAACCUUGUGCUGUGUCACAGGGUUGCUAGUUCUAAUCUUUUGCUGGGAUGAUUAGAACUAGGACUAAAUGCAAGUUCAUCCAAACUAUAUUUUUGGUUACUUUGGAUGUAAAACAGAUUUAUGCAUCAUUAGGUUGCUAUUUAUGGUAAAAUUCUGGUUUAGGUAAUGUGUUUUCAAGUUUUGGUUCA